UAAAUCGCUUUCGCUGGCUGGCUCGCGACAGGCGACAAAUACUCAAGACGCCUUCAUUUUCCUUCCUGUCGGGGGGAACUGAUCCAGCAUCUACCUGCGGCGUCCCCGGUUGGCAGAUUUGCCUGUCACCUUGAAAAAUGGCAACUGGACAGGAACGAGUGGUUGCUCUGUUGGACAUGGACUGUUUUUUCGUUCAAGUGGAGCAGCGGCAAAAUCCUCAUUUGCGGAAUAAACCUUGUGCAGUUGUACAGUACAAAUCAUGGAAGGGUGGAGGAAUAAUUGCAGUGAGUUAUGAAGCUCGUGCAUUUGGGGUCACCAGAAACAUGUGGGCCGAUGACGCUAAGAAGUUAUGUCCAGAUCUUCUACUGGCACAAGUUCGCGAGUGCCGUGGGAAAGCCAACCUCACCAAGUACCGGGAAGCCAGUGUGGAAGUGAUGCAGAUAAUGUCUCGUUUUGCUGUGAUUGAACGUGCCAGCAUUGAUGAGGCUUAUAUAGAUUUGACAAGUGCUGUACAAGAGAGACUACAAAAGCUGCAAGGUCAGCCCAUCUCCGCAGACUUGUUGCCAACAACAUACAUUGAAGGGUUUCCCCAAGGCCCUGCAACUGCAGAAGACACUGUUGAGAAAGAGGAGAUGCGGAAAAAAGGCUUAUUUCAAUGGCUCGAUUCUCUUGCGCUUGUGAACAGCACUUCUCCAGACCUGCAGCUCACUGUGGGAGCAGUGAUUGUGGAGGAGAUGAGAGCAGCCAUAGAGAGGCAGACCAGUUUUCAGUGUUCCGCUGGAAUUUCACACAAUAAGGUCUUGGCAAAACUGGCCUGUGGACUAAACAAGCCCAACCGCCAGACCCUGGUCUCAUUGGGGUCAGUCCCACAGCUCUUCAGCCAAAUGCCUAUCUGCAAAAUCCGUAGUCUCGGAGGAAAGCUGGGGGCCUCAGUCAUUGAAAUCCUAGGGGUAGAAUACAUGGGUGAACUCACCCAGUUCACUGAAUCGCAGCUCCAGAGUCAUUUUGGGGAGAAGAAUGGGUCGUGGCUAUAUGCCAUGUGCCGAGGGAUUGAACAUGAUCCAGUUAAACCCAGGCAACUACCCAAAAGCAUUGGCUGUAGCAAAAACUUCCCAGGAAAAACCGCUCUGGCUACUCGGGAACAGAUACAGUGGUGGCUUCUACAGCUGGCCCAGGAACUAGAGGAGAGACUGACCAAAGAUCGAAAUGAUAAUGACAGGGUGGCCACCCAGUUGGCUGUGAGCAUUCGUGUACAAGGAGACAAACGUCUGAGCAGCCUGCGCCGCUGCUGUGCUCUCAGCCACUACGACGCGCACAAGAUGAGCCACGAUGCAUUUGCUGCCAUCAGGAACUGUAAUACUUCUGGGAUCCAAACUGAAUGGUCCCCUCCCCUCACAAUGCUUUUCCUCUGUGCCACCAAAUUCUCUGCUUGUGCCCCUUCGUCUUGCACAGACAUCACCGCCUUCUUGAGCGACUCAAGUUCUCUGCCAAAGAUGCCAACUACCAGUUCAGAAGCUAAGGCCCAGGGAAGUAGCCCAGCCGUGACAGCCACUAAGAGAGCACCCAGCUCCCUGGAAUCGCUCUUCCAGAAAGCUGCAGAAAGGCAGAAAGUUAAAGAAGCUUCGCUUUCAUCUCUUACAGUCACCACGCAGGCCCCCACAAGCAAGUCACCAUCCAGGCCCUCAUUACCUUUCCAGUCUGUUCGAAAUACGGGAACUGAGCCUUUCUUUAAGCAGAAAAGUCUGCUUCUAACGCAGAAAGAGCUUACUAAUUCUUCAGUUUCUUCCUCUUCACAAAACCCACAGCCCAGCUCUGAAGGGUUACCUAGCUAUUCUCCCACAGACCGUGCCCCCGAUUGUGAAGGGGAGUUGAAGCAAGGCCCUUCUAAAGCAGCUCCUGCUGAGAUGGAUGUAACCCAGAACAGCCCAAGCACACCUGCAUGCUCAGCUUCCAAGUCUGCUCUGGAGGUGGCUCAGACUCCGAGUCUUUCAGCUGCAGAGGACCAAGUGCCCUGCGAGAAGUGUGGCUCCCUGGUACCAGUAUGGGAGAUGCCGGAACACACGGACUAUCAUUUUGCACUGGAAUUGCAGAAAUCCUUUUUGCAACCCCACUCGUCCCCCCAGGUUGUCCCUGCCAUGUCUCCUAAAGGCAAAAGAAACCCCAAAAGCCCUUUGGCCUCCAGUAAUAAACGCACUAGGCCUGAGGGCAUGCAGACAUUGGAAUCAUUUUUUAAGCCAUUAACACAUUAAUACUGCUCUCAGGCUUUUUAAUAUUUUAAUAUUUUAUGUUUACUUUUCAAGGAAGUCUGUAACUUCAUGAAAUUUUUAAUAUAAAAAAUAGGCUUUGGGUUAAGGUUCUCAUCUCUACAGGCAUGAAUUUCUAAUCUCAUUGCUGAUAGAGAUAUAAAAAUUCAUCUUCUCUUUGAGAGUUUUUAAUCUUUUGAGUUUAAGGAGAGUGUCAAAUAGUAAGUGUGUAGGCCUUGGGGCGUGAGAGACCUGGUUCCAAACCUAGCCUUGUCUCUUACUGCAAGUAGGGCCAUGAACAAAUGACUUUCUUCUUCAUCUGUAAAACAGGUAAUAGCUUACAGACUGUUGAAAUUAUAAAUGAUAUGAAGUACCUGUCUUAAAGAUGCCACAGAAAAGAAACUGAGCAAAAAAAAAGAUUUUAAGAAACUUUCUUAAUGUCACAUUGGGCAUUUCAGAUAAUGCCCUGCCUGGAAUUCCCUAUUUCCAGUUACAAACUGUGAGGUGAAGACCUGAAACCCUAAAAGUGACAUGGCUUUGUGUACAAAAGCCACUAAAUAAACAGUGUUUUAUGUAGUAAACCCUGUUGUACUGUCUUAGCUGCUGGCCUUCCUCCCUCUUGCAUUGUUUUCCUGCAGAAGAGACUGCCCCUGGACCUGCUCAGGAGCUCUCAGACUGGAUGUCGUGAUCAAAGCUGGGUCAUCACCAACAGAACCUUGUUAUUCCACGUGUGAUUUGAAGAACAGCAGCAUCCACACCAGGGAACUUGUUAGAAAUAAGUCUCAGCCUUGGGCCAACCAGUGGCCUGGUCAUUAAGGUGGCUGGCUCUCACAU